CUUGGCUAACAUGAUAGCCAAGAUGCCAACUAGCAGCAGUUGCUCCGAUGAAUAUCACAACAAACAAAUGAAUCCAAGUGUUUGGAUUAUUGUUGCUGAGGAGACAUAAAGUCAACACUUCCCGUUAUGUUAUCGUGCUCUGCAGAAGACAUCACAGGGCUUGUAUUCUGUGUCUCUGUCCGAGGUGCUGAUUGUGGAUUUGUCAGCGGUGCAGGAGCUGUCCGAGGUGUGUGAAGAGUUUCAUGCUGACUGUAUUGUCUGCUGCUGCUGGGAGGUACUUCGCUGUGGCAUCCUGAGACCUGGAAUGAAUGCCAUUAUGGGUGCCACCGGAAGUGGUAAAACAUCACUUCUGGAUGUAAUCGCAGGAAGGAAGGACCCGGCUGGACUGAGGCAAGGACAAGUGUUGGUGGCUGGAAAAGCCGUCACAUCUGACCUCAGGCUCAGCUCUGCCUAUGUGGUCCAGGAUGAUAUCCUGAUGGGCACUUUGUCUGUGAGGGAGAACCUUCUGUUCAGUGCCAACCUGCGCCUCAACCCUCGGCAUCACACCAGCGCUGAUAAAAACAGCAGAGUAGAUGCCAUCAUUCAAGACCUGGGCCUGACAGACUGUGCAGGUACAAAGAUAGGAACAGAGUUUCUGCGUGGGGUAUCUGGAGGUGAGAGGAAGAGGUGCAGCAUCGGAAUGGAGCUCAUCAUCUCGCCCUCUCUGCUGUUCCUGGAUGAACCGACCACUGGACUGGAUUCUAACACUGCAAACUGUAUCAUUAAUCUACUGUACAGACUGUCAAGAAGAGGUAAGACUGUGAUCUUUUCCAUCCACCAGCCACGCUACUCCAUCUUCAGAAAGUUUGACCAUCUGACUCUGAUGCAUAAAGGCGAAGUGGUGUACGCAGGAGCAUCAGACCAAGCACUGGAUUACUUCACAAACCUUGGCUUCCAAAUUGAGUCCUUUGACAACCCUGCGGAUUUCUUCAUGGACAUCACAAACGGAGAGGCAAAAUCAACAUUAGGAACCCUUACUACAGCAGAGUGUAAAAACCCAUUGGCAAUCAAGUACCGCCAGUCCGAACUGUGCCAGAAAGUAGUUGAGGAGUUGAACCAUGUGGACAAGAGCAUUGCUGAAGGAGUCAAAGAUCACGACGAGCCCGCAGACUACGUUACGUCUUUCUGCUAUCAGAUGCAUGUGGUGUGUGGCAGGACAGUGCUGAACAGUCUGAGGAACCCCCAGACGUCUUACGCUCAGUUGGCUCUCAACAUCUUCUUUGCGAUUCUGGUGGGACUAAUUUAUUACCAAAUGCCUUUAACACUGCCCGAGGCUAUACAGAACAGGGGUGGAGCGUUCUUCUUCCUUAUCAUCAACAUGGUGUUUGGGAAUCUCUCUGCUGUUGAACUCUUUAUCAAUGAAAGGGCGAUCUUCAUUCACGAGAACUCCAGUGGCUAUUACCGUACUUCUGUCUACUUCCUGUCCAAGAUCUUCGCUGAUCUCAUCCCCAACCGCAUCAUCCCCAUCUUAGUUUUUUCAGCCAUCGCCUACUAUAUGAUGGGAUUGAAGCCUUCCUUUGUGGCCUUCCUGUGUUUCGCGCUGACCAUGUCUAUGGUCAGUCUGGCGGGAGUUGGUCUGGCCUUCCUCGUCUCAGCAAGCGUAUCUUCCUUUGCCAUGGCUAACAUCCUCAUUGCUCUACCCUUCGUCUUCAUGAUGGUCUUUGGUGGUUAUCUUGUCAAUCUCAACGGCAUGCUGAUCUGGCUCUCCUGGCUGAAAUGGAUCAGUAUUUUCAGAUAUGGACUGAAUGCUGCAUUCAUCAACGAGAUGUCAGGACAGUUUUUCUACAGCAACACCACCAAGAUCCCAGGGGAGGUGUUCCUGGAAAUCCAGGGCCUUGACUACUCUGCAUGGGGCUUCUGGCAGAACCAGGUGGCUCUGCUGGGAAUCGUCCUGGUCUGCAUGGUCCUGGCCUACGUACAGCUGCGACGAAUCAACCGCUGGAAAUAAUAAUCGUCUGUUUAUGUAUCCCUCAAACACACACUUUCUCUUAUUUAUUUAACAAGCCUCAAAUGAAAUGCAUAAGGGAAAUUCCUUUCGGGGGGGGGAAAGAACAUACUCGAAUAUUUAAUAUGAAAUAACCUUUUUGAUGGUAUUAUUUAAAUUAUUACAUGGAAUCUGUGUCUCUCACUCAUGCUCGAUUAGACAAACAAACUCACGUGUUGUAACAUUUGUCACAGAGGAAGAUAAGCUACCACUAAGCACACUCUAAUUCCCUACAAAGCUACUUACAGUGAGUGAGACAACUUUGGGCACAGUGAAGAGAUGUACAUGUAUGUAUUUUAAUAGUUAUUUUUAAGUUCUACAGUAAAAAAUGGUAAGUCAAGUUUUAUUUAUGUCUUGCAGAGCAAGUGAAAGAACUCUAUUUUAUUUUUUGU